AUCGGCAAACGAUUCCCCGUUUCGUAACAGGGAAAGCAGUUCGAGGCGAUGUUGGUUACCGGCACCAACUCGGAGACCACAGCAUUAUCCCCUCUUCUGGACAAUAAUCGUUCUGCAGCGUAAAAAAAGAUUCGCUGCAUGAUCGACAGAGACGUGAACCAAUUACGGAAAAGGCAGUAAGGAAGUUCCACCGGGUCCAGUCAACCUCGCAGUGUAGAACUAGAAACACUCCAAAGAUCAGCUGAAACGUAACCGCUGUGAACUUGCUCGCUACAUCACGGACCAUGUCUGACCGCAAGAAGGUGUGCAUCGUCGGAUCCGGCAACUGGGGCUCUGCUGUUGCUGCAAUAAUUGGCAGAAAUGUUGCAAAGUCAAAGCAAUUCGAUCCCAUUGUCAAAAUGUGGGUUUUCGAAGAACUAUUGAAUGGAAGAAAACUCACCGAAAUAAUAAACACAGACCACGAGAAUAUUAAGUACUUACCAGGUCACAAGCUGCCAGAGAAUGUGGUGGCUGUGCCAGAUAUUGUGGAAGCGUCAGACGGGGCAGAUGUAUUUGUCUUUGUUUUACCCCAUCAGUUUAUUGGAAAAAUUUGUGAUCAAUUAAAUAAUAAGCUGAAGCCAAGUACAAUUGGAAUCUCGCUGAUAAAGGGUAUUGACGAAGAUUCCUGUGGUCUUAAGUUCAUAUCACAUAUAAUUCAUGAGAAACUUGGUAUUGAAAUGUCUGUGCUGAUGGGUGCCAACAUUGCGAACGAAGUGGCAGAUGAGAAAUUCUGUGAGACAACAAUUGGAUCCAAAAAUCUAGAUCAUGGAAAGAUCUUUAAGGAGCUGAUGCAAACUCCAAAUUUCAGAAUUACUGUGGUAGAGGAAUGUGACACAGUGGAAAUAUGUGGUGCAUUGAAGAAUAUCGUGGCUGUGUGUGCUGGCUUCUGUGAUGGCCUUGGCUGUGGUGAUAACACUAAAGCUGCUGUCAUUCGUUUGGGAUUGAUGGAAAUGUUAGCCUUUGCCAAGUUAUUUUGUGCAGGGCCAGUUACAUCAUCAACCUUGCUGGAGAGUUGUGGAGUAGCAGAUGUUGUUACAUCUUCUUAUGGGGGACGCAACAGAAGAGUCGCAGAAGCCUUUGUGAAAACUGGAAAAUCUAUUGAGAUAUUGGAAAGCGAGAUGCUGAAUGGACAGAAAUUGCAAGGACCUCAGACUUCAGCAGCUGUUUAUAGAGUUCUCAAAAAGAAAAACUUGGUUGACCAGUUUCCACUCUUUGUUGCUGUUUUUCAAAUCUGUUAUGAAGGUAGGCCGGUCAGAGACUUCAUCACCUGCUUGCAGAACCACCCAGAACAUUUAUAACUGAGGACACCUGCAAGUCAAUGUAUAUUCAGUCAAUGUUUCACUUUCACAGGUAAUGAGAGCGUAGUGCUGGAUACUCCCUUUUAUAAUAAAAUAAGAUGCUUUUAUUGGUGAAAAGUAUCAUUGAAAAUUUAUAACCAUUUCUACGGUAAUUUUGCCUUUUUAACUCUUCAAAUGUAGCUUUUUGACAGCUUCAGAAAAUUAAUUCCAUCUCUAAAAUGCUAUUUUCAUUAACAUCUCUACCAAUAUAACCUAUUAGUGAAUUGCUACUGUUAGCUUUAGUGUAUAUUAUACCAAUGUAUAUACACUAUUGAUCAUGCAGGAAAUUGUAGUUAAUGAAGCAUUCCAGUCUUUUUCAUUUAGUUGGAUCUGCCUUGCAUUCAGAAAGGCAAUGACGUGGAAAAAACAUGAUGGCUCUCACAUGAUACAGACAGUGAAAAUGCAAAUUUCUCCACUCAAGAACAAUUUGUGUAAUUAUGGAGAAAACAAAAAUGUUGCGUUUGUUUUCACACCCAUGAAGCAGUGAUUUUUUUAAAACACACAAAUUACUGUAAUCACAUUUUUUAAGGAACUUGUUUUCAAUGUACAAAUCACUGCCUUUUAAAAAUAAGUUUGCUAAGUGUUUUCAUACAAAGCUCUAAUGGCGGGUGGACUGGGAAUCAAAUAUUAUCGCUUUAUAUUUUAUAUUAAUUCAAUUUAUGUGGAAUAAAAAUGUUCUUUACAGCA